CACGACUUGAACACUCAGACCUCCCCGCCGCGGGAAUUUCUGCAUCCACUUAACUUUUUAAAUCUUUUGUUUCAGAUUAAACGUCUCUCGUUUACAGCUCAAAGUCGGCUAAUUGUGGUCUCACUGCUGGAAAAGUAGAGCUGCCGCUCAUACACGCAGAGUCAGAGGUGUAUUACUGCUCUGGAUGUUCACCGCUUGCAUGCAAAUCCUCCAGAAGGUCGCGCGUGAGGAAAACAGAUAAGCGUGGAAAUACAACUCGACGUGGACCCUCUCAGACGGGACUCCGGAGAUGAUGUGGGAGACUUCUGUAGUCUGAAACAUGUGAAUCGAGAGUUCUUCUGGAAAUUUCGUUCAUUUUUGCUUGAGACUGACGGACUGUAGAAUCAAUGUGGUGUCUGUCGAAGAUACGUGUGGUCCGAAACUCACCUAAACGUUGACACGUCUUGGGAGUGAUGCACUGGCUUCCCCUGGUUGCCAUGGUGAUUGCCUCGGCCAUGCCUUUCUCUCAAAGUCCUGUGCCCAGGCUUGUUGUCGCGGCGAUAGAGCCUGGCAGAAACGACAGCAGCAGCGUCCCGACAGCGAACAUCAGCAUGCCGACCAACACAUCAGUGGACAACGACUCCCCUGAUGCUGUCUCUCACAACAACUACAGCACACAUGACAUAGCUCCUCACAGAACAGUCGAGAAGCAGAGCACGCUUGAGGAAGACCAUAUAUCCAAAGAUAGAGCAAACCGAGAGAAUCUUCUAAUAGGUGGAGGUAGGACUACUGGAGCAGAUGCCUCCAGGCCGCACGAGCCUAAGAAAUACAAAUCACAAAAAAUACUGACUGAAAAAAGCCAUGGUAUUCUCAAGGACUAUCAGCUUGAAAGUAGCCAGUUUCAUGAAGAAAGCAGGAUUGAGGCAGAGACUUUUCUUAAAGAUGACAGGAACGCAAGAAGUCCUAUGGUCUCUCUGCAGAGUUCUCCAGUGCAGGAACAUCUGGACGAAGCUCAAACGGUUGGGAGCACCAAUGCUAAAGAGUUGGUGCAGCAAUAUGGAGGGUUUGGAACAGAACAGGGCUUUAAGUUUGAUGACAUAGGCCUACAAGAAGAAGAUCAGCUGCUUUUGCUGGACGCCGAUCCUCAGGUGCUUUUCUCCCCGGCCCUCUCCCCACCCAAACAGCCACCUCUGCUCUUAAUGCUGGAGUCAGGCUUUCUGACCAAUGACGUUGAGGAUGAGGAAAGCCACAUGAUGGACGCUAACACCUCCGCUCACAGAGGCGACAAAGACACAUACAGGAACUUACUCUUGGGCCUCUCUGAUUCUGAUGGCCACAUCCCAAGGGUCCGCCGCAAGCGUCAAGCCGCCCACAGCGCACAAGGGAUGGCACGCUCCGUAUGUGAGGCCGAAACCAGGUGGGUGACCAAGAAGACCGCGGUGGACUUACUGAGCAACACCGUCACUAUUCUGCCAGAGAUCCCGACCCAGACUGGGCCACUCAAGCAGCGUUUCUACGAAACAACGUGCCGUAAGCCAGAUCCAAACAGGAGAGGUGAAGUGCAGGCGGUGGAGGGGGCCAGCUGCUUGGGGGUGGAUAAGAGACACUGGAUGAGCAAGUGCGAAACCAAACAAUCGUACGUACGCGCACUCACCUCAGAUGAAAACAAGAGGAUAGGAUGGAGGUGGAUCCGUAUUGACUCCUCCUGCGUUUGCGUGCUGCUCACUAGAGGGACGUACAACACUAAGAAGUUGGAGUGAGGAAGAGAGCGAGAAGGGACAGCUGGCUCGGACUGUCUGAACAUAGGAUUGACACGAGUUGAUAGUUCAUGUGAAUUCUGAGUGUUUGAGGGACUGUGUCUGUUCUGGUCCACUGUGUGGGGGAUAUUUCGUUUCCAGAUGUUCCCACAUAUCUAUAGCUGUACCCCAGUGUCUCGCUGAGGACAGCCAUGGAAAUCACCCUUGUGUUGCUCAAAACCUGAUGUUUGUCACUCUUAAACGUGUUCGAAAAUCAUUGCAUUAGAUACUGGCAAAAAAAGGCAUCUGCAAACAAAAAAUGCCAGUAAAUAAUUUUCACUUUUCCAACCAGUAAGUAUGAAGUCAGUUCUCCUCAAGUUUAUGCAGGUUUCCUAGCACAAUGACUGCCUUUGUAGUUCAUUAUAAUAGCAUACGAGAUGUUACACACAGUUUGACUCCCAGAAGGACUUUGUCUUCAUUUUAAACAAUAUUUAUAGACCGAUAACAAAAGUGUACGUAUGCUGAUUCUUUUAAGGAAAUGCCUCACGUUUUGAUAUUUUCACAUGUAAUGCAGAAACCUUUAUACACUUUUAAAUGUUGCUUCCAAGUUUCCAAAUAUUACAUAUUUAGUGCAUUUCACACAACAAAAUCUGGUGACUUGCACGAAAGUGAGCCAUGGUUGAAUGAACUAUAUCAAAGUCCCUCUUAAGGAAAUUCAGAUCUUUGCAGCCACAUUUGCAAUGCUUCCAGGUGGCUAUUUAAGAAAUGCAAGACCAGCUCCUAUCAGUGUGAAUGGGGAAAUACUGAAACCCUAGAAAAUAAUGGCAAAACUCACAAUGAAAUAAUAUAUUUCAAGUCAGAAAUCAAAUCUGACAUUACUCAUUGCCCAUCAAUGCUGAUUCUUAAGCUCAAAAAAGCUUAUAUUUAAGGUUGAUCCUGCCAGUGUGCAGUCCCAAGAGCAAGUCUCAGAUUUAUGUGAGAAAUGGAGAUUCCAAUGGCUCUUAAAUCUCACUAGAGCUGUUGCAGUUUUGCCCAUUCUUAGCAAUACAAGUGAACUGUCUUGGGUAAUAUAUAGUGUUUGACAAUAGUCCUCAAGUCAUGUGAGGAUGAGGUUGAUUCCCUUUUUUUUCUAGGUGCAUUCUCUGUAACUUAUUUGUGUUUCAUAAAACAGUAUACGGGUUUGAAGUGAUAUGAGGUGACGAUGAGAUCCUCCGCUCUAUUGUCAAUCCUCCAUUCCACACAAACAAGAAAACCUCAAUACCGAAAUCCUUUUUUUCUUCUCUUACUUUUCAUAUAUUGUUGCAUUUUGUUUUAUUGUAUCUAUAGUAUACAGACAAUAAGUUAUUACUUUUGAACUAGUAUGUAAGUCUAAGUACUUGAUAUUAAUAUAUUUCUUUAUAAAUGUACAAUAAGUGAAACAUAUACAUCAUGCAAAUAUAUGUUUAUUUAUAAUAAACAAAAAUUAUCCACUGUUUAGUGGUCAGCAGUGGUCCUUCAAAUGCCUGACCCAAAACUAGAGCCUCUUCGGUUUUCGGUGUCAGAAACGAUGGUUCACCCAUGUACUGUCCACUCAGCAAAUGUUACA